AUGCAUCUACGCGCGCCAUCGCCAGGCGGCGGUGACGCUGAGUCAGGCGCCGCAACUUCGGGCACGGGUUUGGAGACCGCAACAACCAGUGCUCACCAAGCGUCAGCGAACGCCGACGUCUCUGGCAUGCGCGAGGCCCCCCGGUCUCCGGUCCCGGUUUUGGGUAUCGUCUACGACGGGAAAGAGGCCCGGUGA